GAGGCAAGGCUAGGCUAGCUGUGAUAGCAAUCUGACCAUGGAACAGGGAAAUAGGCGCCAACUGCCAGUCUUACUCAUUCUGGAGCAGAAAAGCUUAUAAAAUUAAAAAGUGAAAGGCUUAAAUAUAUAUUUUACGAGUCGUCUUUGCGCUAAAUGGUGGAACUUCAUAUUCUCCAGCUAACAUUAGCUUGCUAAUCCAUGCGAUUUAGUUGAAUAGCUAGCUAGUAAGGUAGCGUUAACUAGAGGAAACAACUACUGGCAAAAAACUAUAGCUAUUUGCAGCUAAUAGCAGCCUCAAUUAGACAUUUACCUUUUGAGCGUAAUAUAUUUAGCUGAUAUUUAAAAACUGCUUUAAGUCUUCUCGAACAACGUAGCUCGCUAGCUAACCACCAUUUACCCGACUUAGCUAGAUGCAAGUCUAAGAUGUAACUCUCUUGUAGGAGUUCAGUAACGUUAGGUUAACUGUUAAUUAAGAGCAGCCCAGUCUAGUAACGUUAACUGAGUUAUCAACUUUUAAACUUUCGAUAACUAAAUUAACUUUACUGUAUAUUUAGCCUUGAUGUUAGUUAAGCAAGUGGCUAUGUUUGUUAUGGUAUAUGCAACGAUGUGUACAUUAGCAUGCUAUGCUAGUCUAUGAUAAUGAAGGACUUUACUAUAUUUUUGUUAACUGGGUGGUAUUUUUUUAUUUAAACGUUAUGCUGAAGUAAUCAAGGCGAACACGGUUGUAAGAGAGCCAUGGAGAAAGAGGCACAGGGAGGCGAAGGACCCUCCGGGCAGCAGAGGAUGGAAGAGAAUAUUUCCAACACUGAGGACAAAAAAAGCCUGUCCAGCAGCACAGACAUUAGAGAUAACGACACAGACCGCAGUGCUGGACAAGCCUUAAGUGAAACAGGCAGUGAGCUUGUAAAAGGUGUAGAUGAGCCUCCAGCUGACUGGUUUGAACCUCUGGAGGAGGACUGUGUUGAUGAUGAUGUCCAAAGCUGCGACCUGGACAUGGAGAGCCUGGCUGGGAGUGAGCGGAGUGGGAGUGUGGCGGGCAGUGAGUGGAACCACACAGGAAGCGGAACAGUGGGAAGGGGAAGAAAACCACCACGGCGGCGGGUUGGGGAUGAGGACUGGGAGGACUGGCCGAUACUGGGUGAAGGCUGGAAACGCAGAGUGGUUUUACGCCGCUCUGGUAUGAGCAUGGGGCAGAUAGACACAUACUACAUGAGCCCUAAAGGAGAAAGAGUGCGGAGCAAGAUUGAGCUGCUGAAAUGCAUUAAAAAUACAAUCGACCUUACACACUUCGACUUCAAAAUGGGGAAAUUUUUCGAUGGUGAACCACCAAAAAGAGGACCAAGGAAGCGCAGGAUGGGACGGUCCUCUCCAGCUGAUUGUGGCUUUUCUUCUGAAUCAAGUUUUCAGAAUGAAUCGGCAGAUGCUGCUGACCGCACCUACAGUCCAGGCCCCAUGUUCAACCUUGGUCAGUCUGCUCAGAGCAGGGUCAGUUCACCCUCUAAACAAAAGGACAGUACUUCUAGUCCAGCCAAAUCUCAUGAUGACCCCAGCUUGGACCUCAGAACCCCUUCCACCACUCCAAAUAGCCAAAAUGGUCCGUCUAACGGAGGAUUUCCUUCAAAACCCUCAGACGUGCCUGUUCGCCCCAAGAAUGACCCAGCAUACAUCCCACCUAAUGCUGUCCUCGGCAUCUGCGUAAGGUGUAGGAACUCGUUUACAGGUGUAGAGGGACAGACCAUGUGUGGGAAAUGCAGCAGAGCAUGCAACGCCUCUAAAGACAACCGCAACAUUAUCUUCAGAAAGUGGCUUCCAUGUGGGUUUUGCCGAGCCUGCCAGCUGACAGAGGAUUGUGGGACGUGUGCCAGCUGCAGGAAUGGAAAAUUGAACCCUGAUGCUAGAAGGCCUGUUCGGUGCCGCAAGAGGAAAUGCUUAUGCCCCACUCUCAAGAGGAAAUCUGAAGAUAUGCCACCUGCGACACAGUAUGGUUCAAUGCUACCCAGACCAGAAAGACGCUUGUCAGAAAGAUCUGAAACUACAAGCACAGUCUCCAAGAUGUCUGCUCUGCAGUACAGUGACUCAGAUGAGCAGUCGCCGUUUUAUGACGAUGAUGAUGAUGAUGAUGAUGAUGAUGAGGAAGAGAGGGUGGUAAAGAAGCAGAGGCGUUCCUGUGGUCGGUGUAAAGGCUGCGUGUCUAAAGCAGACUGUGGGAUCUGUGAUUUCUGCAUAGAUAAGCCCAAAUUCGGAGGCAGCAAUAAGAAAAGACAGAAGUGCCGUCGACGUCAAUGCCAAAGAGAAGCUAUGAGACACCUGCUGCCUGAUUCGGGUCACACUCCGGUGCUCACUCCGCAGGGCUGGGUGGUCCCUGGGAGACCAAGACCGAUUUAUGCUUAUGGUCGAAAGAAAGCCCACCAGAGCCGAGAGAAGUGGGACUUUGACUUCUCAGAUAAUGAAGGAGAGCUGGAGAGGAGGAUAAAAGGCCCUGCUGGAAUGCUUCACCUGGACAGAGACAAGAUCAGCAGUUCAAAUUACAAGGGACAACUAAGCCUUCCGCUGAACACAGCCCGAUCGAACAAGAUCGCUGAAAAUGGCCUUCAAGCCAAAAGCUCCAAAAUCCUUCCAGUCGUAGGGGCAGAGGUUGGGGCCCGGCGAGUGGUUACUGAGGCACUGUUUGAGGAGGAGCCCUUGCGACCGAGAGCAGAGGAGAGGACUCUGCAGGGCUACAAGGAGCAGGAACACACAGACGAGCAGGAGGAAGACGAAGCCGGACCAACAAUCACUCAGAUUUUCAGCCUGGGCCGCAGUGGCACUGGGGUUGGUGGGGUGGAGCUUGAGCCAGAGCUGCUAGAGCUGUUGUCAUCACUGCGUCGGGCUGUGCUCCCUGUGCUGUGGUGUCCCGUGCUGGUCGAGGGUCCACGGCUGCAGUUACUGCAGUGCUCCAAAUUAUCUGCUAUGGCGGACACAGCAGUGUACAUAGAGCCCAACUUUCGCUUCCACAUCAGUGUCCAAGGCCAGCCACUGCUACCCACACACAGGCUCUAUUUAGUCCACCCUCCCCGCCUCAGCUCUGCUGCGCAGGUCGCCGCCCUGCUGGAGGAUUUAGAGCGAUAUGCAGUGUGCAGAGGUUUUGAGGCAGAGCUGCCCACAGGCCCAGAUCCCAUUAUCCAAGAGAGAGCCGCAACCUGCGAGUUUCUGGUACUGCCAGACGCCAAGCGCUGUGGUCGGUGUAAGAGUGGCGAGCAGAAACAGUGACAUUUAAUAUGUGAUUAUGGGGUGCAGACUACUUUUGCUGCUGAUUUCUAUUAUAGUUCUGGUUUUUACCAAGAGGGAUUUCUCCCAUUUCAGUGGACUUAUCCAUGCUUUGUGUUCUUUGCUGUGCAGUCUUUUGUAGCAACUGUUGCUAGGUUGGACAAGCUUUAUAGAACUCUGGCUCAGUAAGCUCCAUUCAACCACAUGAUUCAUUUUUUUUGUCUAAGUAACUGUAUGCAUAAAAAUAAUUAAAAAAAACACUGUUAGGA